GAGUGGAGUAGCGUCAACUGUAGCCCAAAGUCAAAGUCGUUGUUUGACAGAUUGUCAUUUUCGGUUUGUGUUUUGAGGAUUGAUUGAUUGUUGUUCGGAAGUUCAAGCAAUCUUUGUUGACACUUUACCUAUCAGGAUUCUCUUCUUUUCUAACUUAGAUCAAAAUGCCGACGAGUGGUCCAGUUUAUCAGCCAACAACAGUGAGCUACGAACAGCAGAAUGAGUGGUCUCGGCCGGGCAGCUACCUCAGUCAGACGGUUGGUGGUGGGCCACGCUGUGUACAGUGGGUUUUGCUUGCUAUCGGGAUCUUCUCACUGUCUGCAGGAAUCAUUAUGGUAGCUGAAGGAACUGUGGAUUUUACUGACAACAAACAGACGCGGCUGGAGGACGAGCACGGCAACGUAGCUCCGGCCAAUGCGACAGGCGAUGAGUCGACAGGCCAAGUGAUCAUAACCGUGGCGGGCGGACUACUGAUAGUUAUGGGCAUACUGCUGAUUGGAGUGUACAUCAGGAUCGUAAGGCGGAGGAAGGGGUGUCCUUGUUUACCCACCAAGGAGCAACGCCUCGCUCGUCAACUGGACAAUCAAGUGAGCAACGGUCAGAUAAUGACUGUGAACCCAUCCACGGAUCUGUUGGUGGCUGCUCAGUACGGACCUGUGUCGGAGAUCGCUUACCAGCCGCCGCAGCACGACAGCGAGGAGACGCGCAAGUUGAUGGCCAGCGACAACAAGGAAUGCACCGAGGAAAGUGAACGCAUGCUGGAGUCCGAUCCUCGAAUUGUUCUGAGGCCGCUCAGUCAUACGGAAGACGCUUAAUUUGUCAAGCCGAUCCCUGUCCGUGGUGGAGGAGGAAGGGGAGAGAGAGGUUGAGGAUGUAGGCGGAGGGAGGGUAUCGAGACGCAACACGCCUCCUGUAGUCAAAUAUCGCAAUCGUCUCGCAGCCAUGCGCGCUCCUCUGGCUCAACACGAAGACAUCACCCCUUCUCUGCGCUCUUCAUUUAGCAGUAUCAAUUUUGACUCGCCGAACGACUCUAUUCGCUCUUCGCUUCUGGAAAGUUCGUCCGAAGGUGAGGAAUUGACAGAGUCGGAAGUUUAAAAUUACUCGACUGAAUCGGUUGAUGCCGAGAGACUAAUUUUUAUAUGCAGUUAUUUAUAGUUUUUAUUUAUUUAAAUUUAAAUUUUAGCGUAGGUUUUGUAUUUAGUUUAUAUAAGGGAUUCAUUCAUGUUUUUGAGUGGUUCAAUGUUUUCAAACAUUAACGUUGGUGUUCACAUUAUCUAAGAACAUUUGUAGAAAUCUAAACUUGUUUUUAGGUGUAUACGUCUGUCAAGAAAAAGAGAAUUCCAAACUUGAAACAGAAUUUUGUAAUUUUGUUACCCUUUUGCCUUUUACUUCUUUUACCAUAAAUAAAGAUGUGAAAUGCUCACAAUAAUUCCAUAAAAAAUAUAUUAAUCAAUUAAAAAUAAUCAAAACAAAAUAUCACUGUGUAAACAUUUACUUUUUUACAAAAGUAAACUUAGUUUACAUAUUUUUAAAAUGUUCCUCCAAUGUUUUAGAAGUGAUUCAACUCAUCAACAUGAAUGAAAAUUUUAGUUUUAGGCUGUUUGCUGGUUAUUUGUAAAGCACAAAUGUGUAUUUUAUAAGUUGCAAGAAUUUCAUUAUCUGAAUAAUCUCAGUUCCAUUCAUAUUGUAAGUGGCUAGCUAGUUUUGGCCGUUUGUGUAAAAAGAUUUGAUGAUACAUUUUAACUAAGAAAUGAUCACUAAAUUCGUAGUUUGUAAAUUUAUAACUUUUUUAAUAGUGUUCUACUAUUUAAUUUUUUCAUCAAGUUAGAUAAAAUAUUUUUAUGUAUUCUUCUUAUAGUGGUAGAUAAGCUAUGACAAACCAAAGGGUAUGGUCCGUGGCCAUGUAUUUUUUUAUCGGUGAGUUUUUCGAUCCUUUAUUACUGCCGCUCGACUGAGUUUAUAUAUUAGAGGAUUAGAGGGCUCAAUAAUGACAAUUAAUUUUCUUAAGUACUAUAAAUAUAUAAUUAUACUGUAUAAAUAUUAUUAAAACAAUGUGGUUUUGUGGUCUAUCUAAAAUUCCGUGUAAAUUUGAUACUGAAUUAAUGCAAAUUGAUUGUUUACACAUUUUAUUAACUUUUAAAUAUUGUAUUGUUGUUGUAAAUAAAAAUGCAAAGAUUUUGUUCCAUUUGGAUGAAACUUGGUAUAUAAUUAAGAAGGGGUUUCAGAUAAAACACAAUACAACACACAAUAACACAUUGUCAAUUUUUUCUUUAAAUGAUAUUAAAGAAAAUUACUUUUGUUAUUGGGCUCCCUGUCCCCUUUAGUGUUAGUGGUAGUUUUAAAGGAUCGGCCGCCAGUGGUUAAUAAUUGGCUGAGGACACGGACCCAACUCUUUGGUUCGUAAUAGCUUGUCCACAACUAUAGUUUUGAAACUUCAGGGUAGAGCAAUUUCAAUGAAGUUUGUUUUCUUGUGCAUGAAGAUUCCUAGUUACUUGUAACUACAUAUGUAAAUAAAAUCAUACAUAUUAUUGAUUCUAGUUUGAAUUAACAUUUACUGUCUAAUAAACAGUGUAUAUAACACAAAUCUGUAAAUUUCUCAAAAGAUGUUUCAAACUUUAUUUAUAUAAGUGUCUAAAGAACUGUGAAUCAAAAUAUUUAAUUAACACUUCUUAUUUUAGAAAUAUUCAACGUAUCUGUAACUAGUUCCUUAGUAGAGUAUUGAUCUAAAAGAAAUACAUUUGAAUUUUAAAUCAAAGUUAGAAAUUGUAUAUAAUUAGUUAUUUUGUUUUUGGUUUACGAUUAAAUAUAACAGUUCUUAAGGCACAGAUUUUCUUGCACAAAUAUUUAGUUCAUCUGUCUGUUACCCAUUCCGUUCAUUAACCGUCCGCUCUUUUGAUGCACUGAUGUGUUUAUUUAAUGUAAUAUUACCUCGUUCUUUCAGAACAGUUUGUGUACUUAACAAAACAAUAAGAAUAAAAUAUUGAUAUAUUAUGAGACAUUUACUGAAAAUCUACCAUUGGAAUUUGGAUUUGUCCAUAACAUUGUCGAUUUUUAAUAUCUCCGUGUCCUCUGCUUGGUAGUCAAUGAAGUAAUGGAGAUUCUGAAUUUUUGAAAUGAAGAAGUUUGCAAGUUUUUAGACAACUUAUUAAGCUUUGGAUUGUCUUUCAAGCAAAAUACAAUGUUUUAUUUGCUCAAUCUGCCAUACCUUGUAAACAAGUUAAAGGUUCUAGACUAUUUACUUUCAUCCAGUAUUCAAACUUAAACCAGCUUUUUACUCCUGAGCUUGUAUUAUAGAUGGUAAAUUAUAGUAUUGCAAUACAUAUUUUUACACCAAUGUGUAUUAUAGAAAGUAGCGAUAUUAUUCAAAUAAGAAUUUGUAUUUGUAUAGAAUAGGAACAAAUUUGUGUGAUUUUGUUUGCUUUAAACUUUAUUGAUUGACUUGUAUUUAUGUUUUUCAUUUUUAAUAGUCUAAUGAUUUUGUUCUAAAAUUUCAAGUUUUAAAAACAAGUUGAAUGGUAUAUUAAUGUUUUUAUACAAAUCGUUUUUAUUUGAUUCGAUAUUAGAUGUAUUUUACAUGUAUAGAUUAUAUUUACUACAUAUUUUAAUUGUCUAUAUUUACCUAUAAAAGUUAAUUAAUGAGAACUCCCUUUGUAAUAUUUUAAAGUACAUAACAGCAUUUUAGAAAAUUAGUUUUGUCGUAAGCUACCGACUUGUAAAGAGAUUUAAAAAUUCUUGCUGUUAUUCAUAGUCCAGCUAUAAACUGUAGUGUAUUUUCAUUCACAUUAAUAACUCAUCAGUUUUAUAAAAUACAAGGCUAUUGAAAAAGAUGUCAAAAUGUAGAUAAAACAAUCGAAGCACUUAAAUGACAUAAAUAAUAAGUUUUUUGUUUUUUUCUGCUCCAUUGCGUGUUUUGAAGGGAACAGUCCAAACCCUAGUCUUUGCUACUUAAUAUCAUGUAUGUAAUGUUUUAACAUCAUGUUAUUAUGUUUAGAGUCUCAGCGACAAUAAUGCCAUCUGAGUCCAGAUCUGAGUUUUAGAAUCAAUCCCGCUCCGGCUCGGCAUCGGAAGUAAUCUUUUGAUUUUACUGUGAACGCUAGAUUAGCAACUAAGAAUGGUUCAAUUUUUCCAGACAUCUUUUUCAAUGACUAUGUAUUUAUAUAGAUUUUCAAUCCAUAUACUAAUCUAUAUUUAACUGUGUUAAUGUUAUUAUGCCAUAUACGAGAAAAAUAUAUUAGAAAAUAGUUUAAUCAAUUGUUAAUUGUUACAAUAGCACAGUUUUAGUUAGCUAAAUUUAGUAGUCUCAGUAUUUUAAUGCAUCAAUGUCUAAACUAAUGAACACAUUUCUUAGAUAAACUCAAAAGAUAAUUUCAAUACGUAAAAGAAUAGGUUUCUAAAAUUGUUUUAAGUUGAUAAACAAAAUAUAUAAUAUGCAAAUGACUCCUAACAACAUGAGACCCCCAGAGAAAUUGGUCAUAUUUGUCUUUAUUAACACUUAACACAUUGAAAAUCUUGAGUCGGUGGCUCAUUUUGACUGUGAAUCUCAAACAUUUGUGUGUUGUGGGUUCACAUUUCAACGGCCCACUGAAAAUGUAACAGUACUGUUCAUUGGUACUUGAUUGGCUCACCCCUUAGUAGUUAGUUUGCUGAAUACUUUCCAUGCCUAGUCCUGAGAUAAAUAUGGACAAUCAAAUACAAAAUUAAAGAUAGCGCAAAACUCUUUUUUUCUAAUUUGGCUUUGGUAAAUUAUUGUUUAAGUUAUUACCACCGAAAGACGAAUCUUAGCCUAUUUUUGGCUGCCCGAACAAGUUUUAUGAGGUAUAUGCUAUUAAGUAUCAUGUUUAUAGACAAUUUAAGGAAUUUAAAUUUAAUGUUAAUUCAUUAACUCAAUUAAGACUUUAGAUAUUGUUUUACGGAACUGAAUGUCUUGUACACAUUUUUUAGCCGAUAUUAUAUUUUACCUGUUGAUACAAUAGACUAUUGUACACAUUACUCACAUUACUUGUUCUUAAGUUGGCAGGCAGUCUUGUAAAACAUGCAAAAAUUUGCUUAGACCACGUAAUAUAGUGAAAUAUGUCCAAACAUUUCUUACUGAAUAUUUUAAUUGACGAGUCGGAUCAUCAGGGUUUUGUUUAUUAAAUGCCUGAGUCGGCAUAAAUUAAGGUUUAGUUUUUUGUAACAGAAUAAAGUUAAAAUUAUAAACGGAGAAAAAAGGAAAAAUCAUUGUAAACAAAAGAUUCAAAUACUGUAAUGAUAAAUGUAAAUUAUGCAUUAAAUGAUUUUAAUUUUUUACAAUGUAAUUUGUAACAUAACAUAACAUAUUAUGUAGGGAUGGACGAGAUUGGAUUUUUAGUUCGAGACGAGACGAGACGAGAUUUUUUAUUUCUCAUAAAAUUUCGAGACGAGAUCGAGACGAGAUUUCUCUUCUCAUACACAACGGGAAAUGCACGUUCGAAAUUUUUACCUGAUUUUGUAACAUUGUUAGAUGACUGUUUAAAUACUAAAAUAAUGAUAAUAGGCAAGAAUAUUUACAAUCUUUCAUUAAAUAACAUCAGCGCAUUUUUUUAUUAAUCACGCCUAACUUAUUAAAAAUGCCUACGAUUAGGAAACAUGGUGAUAUCAGUUAGGAUAGAGUUCAACUUAUCCUAAAAUAAAAUAAAUCAUAAAAUAAAAGCAAUAUUAAUUUUUAUAAAAUAGUUACUUGUUUUGACUUUUUUAUAGUAAUAAAACAUUCCUCACACUGCUUACACUUAACAAAACUUCUCAAAUGUUAUUAAAGUAAUAUUAUUAAAAUAAUGAAAGUAAUAUUUACAUUAAAAGAAUUAAUUAAAUAAGAACGCCUUCGAAAAGGAAACGCAACUACAACACGCUCCUGUAUUGCGGGUAUUGCAUUGACUUUCU